UCGAAUCCCGGGGGUUGGACUCGAUGAUCUCUAAGGUCCCUUCCAACCCGCACCAGACUGUGAUACUGUGAUGUUGCCUUUGGGAACCUCUUGUAUCCGUCACCCUGACACACUGCGGGGCCUGGCUGAGUGCUCUCACUAUGGGAUGGUACCGGCAGUGCUGUCACCAUAUGGCGUGUCAUAACCAAACCGUGGUGCCUCAGCCUGGGACAGAAGGGCCUCGUGCAUUGCUGAGCCCAAUGGCCUGUUCCAAACACCGGGCUGGAUGCAGGCGGUGCUGCAGGGAUGUGACACCCUUGGUCAGCCAUUGCUCAGUUCGUUCCCUUUGUGGCCCCAUCACUCGUUGCACACGAUGCACAGCCCACAAAGGAAGCACCCAGCGCUGGGCGCUGCUUUCAGGGGUGGAGGCAGCGCUGGGAGCGGAACUGAGCGCGGUGCACCCGGCUGCUCGCACUGCGCUGCACAGGCGGCAUGGAGGAUCUGGAUGCGUUGCUGGCAGAGCUGGAGCAGAGCUCCCAGCCGGCCCCCACCAACUGCACGUUGCUGACAGCGAGCACCAGGCAGCAGGAUGCACCUCCAGGCAAACCCCCAGCCCCAGGCAGCCAGAAGCCUCUUGCCUCGACAGCCCCGAAGGUGCCACUGCCACCUCGGUCUCAGCCUGCAGGCAAACGUUUGGAAACCGUGUACAGCAGCCCUGUGCCGACCCCACAACCUCUGUCUGCUUCGCCUGAACCCACAGCGGCCGCCCGGCAGCUGGAUGAGCUGCUGGCUGACCUGGGCCAGAUGCAAAGCAAGCUGGCAGCAGUGGGGCAAGGAGCUGGAGCUCCAGUGGGCCCUGAGCACUCUCUGGACCACAUGCUGGGUGGCCUGACGCGGGACCUGCAGGAGCUGGGCAUCACUGCUGCUCCUGCUGCCGUCUGUGCCGCCUGCCACAAGCCCAUCGCCGGCAAGAUGUUCACUGCACUAGGUGAAACCUGGCACCCCGAGCACUUCACCUGUGCCCGCUGUGGGCAGGAGCUGGGCGGGCAGCCCUUCUUUGAGCGUGGGGGGCAGGCGUACUGUGAGGAGGAUUACCACCAGGCCUUCUCCCCACGCUGUGCCUACUGUGCUGGCCCCAUCCGCGAGAGAGUCCUCACCGCCAUGGACCAGACCUGGCACCCCGAGCACUUCUUCUGUGCCCACUGCGGGAAGGUGUUUGGAGAUGAAGGUUUCCAUGAGCGCGGUGGGAAACCCUACUGCUUCCAGGACUUCGUGGUCCUCUUUGCCCCCAAGUGCCAGGGCUGCGAGCGGCCACUGACCGACAACUACCUGUCAGCCCUGCAGGGCGUCUGGCAUCCCGAGUGCUUCGUCUGCGCAGACUGCAUGAGCAGCUUCACCAACGGCUCCUUCUUCGAGCUGGAGGGCCGGCCCUACUGCGAGCUGCACUUCCACCAGCGGCAGGGCAGCGUGUGCCACGGCUGCGGGCGCCCCAUCACCGGCCGCUGCAUCACAGCCGCCGGGCGCAAGUACCACCCCGAGCACUUCAUCUGCUCGUACUGCCUGGGCCAGCUGCACAAAGGCACCUUCCGUGAGCGCGGGGACAAGAUGUACUGCCAGCCCUGCCACGACAAGCUCUUCCUUUGAGCUCCAGGCUUCAUGCUGCUAGGAGCUGCUGCUCUGCUUGGCUUCCCUGGCAGCAGCACCACGAGCACUGCCCUGCUGAGCCCCAAACCCCUCGGGUUUUAUCCCUCAGCAUCCCCAGCUGCAGCAAACACCACCUCCGGUCCCACCCCUCCACAACCACAGCAUUGCUCCUUUCAUACCCCACAGCCUUGGCAUCGCACCCACAAAGCCGCAGCUUUCACUUGAGCAGGUUUCCCCCGGCCACUUCUCUGUUGUUGCCAGAUAAAGAAAUUACUGUAUUUCUUAGAGUUUGUUAUUUCUUAACUUGGGCAAAUAAAUAAACACCAUCCCAGUGCUACAUCACA